CUUGAAAUAAGUCAAAGCUUAAUGAUUUCAGAGGCAGAGCAGAAGUUUUCUGUUCGGGAUACAACACAGGAUCUGCUGCAGUUGGAUAUCAUCUCACAGUUAAAAGAAACAGGAAUUUUCUCCAGACACGAGACAGUUGAAGAAACAAUGCUACUAAUACAUCCCACUGAGGUUGUGUCUUUCAUCCAACUACCAUGAAGACAUUAAUAAGACUCACAACACCCCUAUGAGCUAGAUGGCCCAUUGUUAACACAUCAGCAGCUUCCUUCUGUCCUGUCUUUAACUAGAUUUGGUUACAAGUAACUGAAAAUGUUCAAAACACUGGCCAAGCAGAUCAUACAGGAACUGGACUCUGAUGGGAGGUUCACUGCUGUUUCUAGCUUGGCUAGUGCCAAUAAUUACAAACCCUUCUGUGUGGUCAGGAAAGAACAGUUCAGGCUACCUUGGCAACCCAGAAAAUACCUCACCACUCCUUACAAGCUUCAAGAUGUGGCUGAGAAAGAAACAAAUAUGGGGGCAGAGGUGAAAUAUGAUGAUCCAUUCGUAUAUGAUGCGACCACCAAGCACAAAGCAGAAGCAAACCUUAGCUUUGACUCAGAGACCACAGAAGUGGACAUCAGUGGCUCAGGCUACAGUUCGUACUCAGUCUCUCAGACAUCAGUGAGGAAAGCCUACAUGGUUAAGAGAGAGCCGUGGAAAAUUGACAUGACUCACCUGUUCAUACAGCAGUUCUCAGACUCGCAGAGGACAGAGCUGUAUGUUGUGACUGAGGCUUUUGAACUAAUGGAGCCGCUGGUCAUAAAGAAGACAAUCCAGGGAGGAGGGAAUGUCCAGAUAAGUGCAGUGGAGAUGUUUGGAAUCCAGGGGCGGGGCAGAAGCAUUACAAAGAAAGCGGUGAUGAUUCCUAAGGGCACAGUGAUGGCAUACGUGGUAGAGCCGCUGAUUACCCACAAGAGAGAUUUCUGUUGCCACAAGGACAAAAACCCAAAGGCUAGGAGUUUAUUCAUGCAUGACGGUGUCAAGAAUGAGCUGGUGUCUUCACUAACAGAAUUUCAAACAGUAAAGAGCACUGUUAAAGAAGAAUAUGAGCAGUUGACAUAUCUGAGUCAAAGUCUCAAGCUCAAUCUGCUGGAAAACUUUUUGAGCUUUCUGCAGGAUGGUGACAUUAUAUCAACUGUGCAAACUCUGCUGGAAAUUUCCCUGGCUGGGGGUGAACCUAUGCACUCAGUGUUGGAUUCCCUGGAUGAAAAUCUCCAGCCUCGGGUGGAAAAGUUGCUUCAGGACUUAGGGGUUUUUCAAGAGGGUGAAAGAGGAGAAGCACAUUUAUUAUGGCAACCAUUACACUUCCUGUGUUCUUCUUUAGAAGAUCUGGACUCUAGAAUGCUGCCCCUCCUUGCAACCUGUCUGGAGCAGAAAAUGGUGGUCAAGCAGCUUAAAUUGAUGGAUGGCAUUUUGGAAUGGAUUCUUUCCAGUGACAAAGGAAGCAUGUUCGGCCCGGCCUUUUUCCUGGCAGAAGAAGAACUUGACAUAACUAUAGAAAUGUUGCAUAUCUGUGGAGUGAUGCCAGAGACGAACAGAUCUCUCACCUGUAUUUGGAACAAAGCAGCCCAGUCAAAUCUGACUGCAUUGUAUGCAUCCUUGUAUGGUUUCUGGAUUUUAAGUGAAUAAUGCCAUUUUAAAGGGGGGCUGUUAAAAUAUUACAAAAUGCAGAUCAACAUACAUCUACAAACCUUUACACUAAAGUAUGAGCUUUGCUAAGGUCACUUGAAAUAUCUGACCCUAAGCAUCUCAAGGCUAGAAUCUCCUUUGGGUACUCAUUAGAAAAGAGGGACUGAUUUCUAAGGGCCGUACCUGCCAUCCAUUUUAAGCAGAAUUCACUAUUGAUUUCAUCAGGGAAUUCUGCUUAAAUAUGGAUGGCACAACAUGGCCCUGGGUACUGCGAUCUAUCAGAUAAAACUCUAGAAAUUGGAUACAAACUACUCUGGAUGACUGUAAAAAGGAGUAAUUUCCCUUACCUCAAUAUUGACUUUAUUGCAGUAAAUUGCAAGGACUGUCAGCAACCCUGGUGUGCAGAAUAACAGCAAGGAAAAAGGUACAUUAUUCCAUAAACAACAAAUUAAGGGCAAAAUACAUCACACAAUCCCAUCUGAUAUAAUUUUUCCCAAGCACACAGCAAGUUCAGUUGCAUGGUGUACACAGUGAGCCUUUGGUAUAUGCCAGCUGCUGUGUGCAAGAAAAGGUGGUGAUGUUAACAUAAAUCUGAAUGUGGUCAUAGGAAAAGAGGCGAUCCAGUAUGAAAACCAGUGAAAGUGAGGUCACAACAGCAGUAUAGUCAGGGUCACCAUUCUCACUCUACAGUGCUUUAUGGACAAUAAGAGCCAGAGCUCCACGGAAAGAGAGAAAGAAGAGGUGAGUGCAAUGACCACCUGUCCUAGAGUCUUUUUUUUAGAUUGGUCUAUUGUCAGGCUUUCAGAUGAGGUGGACCAUCACUUGGCAGUGUUAAGAACAGGUGUAAUGUGCAUAGUAAAGGUGGGUGUGUACAUGUGGCAGGUGUCACUGUAAGCACUGAUGUCACUGAUGGUGAUGUUUGCAGCAGUGGGAGGAAUAUGUGGUCUAUAGCAUACAAGUAACUCACCAAUUAAUAUUUUGGAGAAAUGCCUAAAAAAGGAUAGAUCUUUUAUUAAACUUAUUUAUAGAAUGUUCUAAACACAUAGAUAUCACUUUAAUAAGUGUAGUAUAGAUGCCAAGAUAAGCCAAAACAGAUCAGCCUCCCUUAUUUUCCUAGGUUUUGAAAGCAAUAUCUAAGUAAAUAUUUCUCUUUCAGAUCACCUAUUGAGCAUAUCACUCUUACUCCUUCAUCAUUUAUAUUACAUGCAUCCCUGUGUGUGCUCUCUGUUUGUGUGCUUAUGUUCAUCCUGAGCAGUCAAAGUUUAGUCAAGGUUUGUCUAACGAUUUGUGUCUGUUUUUAAGAUUUAUCAUCUUACUUAUAUGGCUAAUUUAGUUUUGGUCCAUAGACAUACAUUUGAUGUCAGUAGCUUUCAAACAGACUAGAGAUCUCUAUUAAAGAGAUUUGAACUAGACCAUGUUUCAUCACUUAUAAGUCUCCAAUUUAUUUGGAGAACGGUUUUCCCCCUAAUAUUUACUGCAGCUUUUGUCAUUUCUAUAAGUGCUGGCAUCUGAGACAUCUGAAACCAGACAUGACUAGUGAGGCAUGUAGCUAACUAAAGGGAAUUUGCCAAGCAUAUGGGUGUUUCAUACUGAGGUAAAGUUAUCAGCCACAGAUGACACAGUGAAUGCCUUACUUUGAAUGAGGAAAUAUGUUCGUUCACUUUCACAUUGUAUGACUCACUAACUUAAUUUUCUGACCUGCUGUAGAUUUAUCUGUCAAAAUCAGUAACGAGAGAAUUAGCAGUUUGAGUUCUGUACAAAUCUUUUUAUAGCAUAGUUACAUUUUUGUUAUUAACUUUUAAACAAUUCUUAUCUAGGGCGUGUGGAUAACCAGUUUUGCUCAUCCAAUAGUAGUAGUUUUUGUUUGUUUGUUUGUUUUUGUUUUUGGUUUUUUUUGCUGUAAGUAAAGCAAAAUCACAAGGACAAACUUUUGAAAAAUGAUAUGACUGUAUGUAAUAUAAUCACCAUCCUUGUAAGCCUAAUACUUGUGGUUCAGUUUUUCCCCACAGAUCAACAUCAGUGUGAUUAGAAGUGUUGCACAAUGUGCCAAAUUUUAAAAUCUUUACUGAGGAUCCUUAAUGUUAAAGGGGACAGUUUUUAUUAGUAAACUCUGUAUAUUGGGGAACCUAGGAGGGUGAUUCUCUCCUGCAAAGGAAGUGAAGGGACUCUACCCCAUUUAAUCCAUCUAUGUAGACAGGGACAGAGCUAGGAUUUUGAAAGGGGUGUGCAGAUGUGAUGCAUCAUCACAGAGAACAUAACACAUAUUUUUCUCCAGGUAAAAAGAAACUAGAAGCUUUACUAAUAUUCUAGGGGCCUAGAGCUAUAUUAUUCAUAUUAAAAUUGAAGUGAAAAUAAAUACAACUUUACUAGAAUGUGUAUUCAUUUGAUAUAUGUAAUUUGCUAUAUUAUGUAUUAAAAACACAACAAACU